AUGUAAUUUUCUAAUUUAAGAAAUAAAAAUUGAUUAAAUUCGAUGCUGUUGUAUUUACAUUCGCGUUUUGUCACGUCAGCCGUUCGGUAUCUCUACUUUGUAGGACUAGCGAGCAUGUGACAAGUACACAUGCGAUUGUGUCCCUUGCACACGUGGUAGAUCACUGGUUGUAUUUAAUUGCAAUUAAUAGCGGUAAUUACAUUCAAUAAAGACAGUACUUAGGAAGGAUUAGUUCCAUGUAAGUACAGCGAUAAAUAAAAAAAAUGCCACAGAACGAGUAUAUCGAGAGGCACCGUAAGCUCUACGGUCGCCGUCUGGACUAUGAGGAGAGAAAACGGAAAAGGGAGGCUCGCGCACCUCACAAACGAGCGGAGCAAGCCCGCAGUUUGCGCGGUUUGAAGGCCAAGAUAUUCAACAAGCAGCGACGCAACGAAAAGAUCCAGAUGAAGAAGAAAAUUAAGGCUCACGAGGAGAAGAAAGUCAAGGAGAAGUCCGACAAGCUGCCAGAGGGAGCUUUGCCUGUGUACCUGUUAGAUCGUGAUGUAACAAAACGCGCGAAGGUGCUGUCGAAUAUGAUAAAACAAAAACGCAAGGAGAAAGCUGGCAAGUGGGACGUGCCGAUACCCAAGGUCAGAGCACAGUCUGAAUCCGAGGUAUUCAGAGUUGUUAGAAGUGGCAAGACGAAACGGAAAUCGUGGAAGCGGAUGGUGACCAAGGUAACCUUCGUCGGGGAGAAUUUCACCAGAAAACCACCGAAGUUUGAAAGAUUCAUCAGACCAAUGGCGUUGAGAUUCAAGACCGCUCACGUCACUCAUCCCGAGCUCAAGGCGACCUUCUCCCUGCCGAUCAUCGGUGUCAAAAAGAAUCCCAGCUCUCCUAUGUACACAAAUUUAGGCGUUAUCACUAAGGGAACCAUUAUCGAGGUCAACAUCUCGGAAUUGGGUCUCGUCACGCAAUCUGGCAAAGUUGUGUGGGGAAAGUACGCUCAGGUUACCAAUAAUCCUGAGAAUGAUGGAUGUAUCAAUUCCGUUUUACUUGUAUAGACUUUUAUUAUAAUUUCUAAGUUGUGAUUUUACUCAUAAUUUUUUAAAUAAUUGCCUAUUGUAUAUAAGACAGUAAUGAUAACAUACAUACAAUAGUUUGUAUUAAAAAUUGUGACAAAUUAUCUUAAAUAUAUGGCGUUGUACUCAUAA